CAGCGAGCGGCCUAAGCACCCGGGGCCUCACCAGGCUGCGCAGGAACGUCCCUGGGCGUCUGAAGGGACAUACCAGGAGAGAUGAAAAUGUACUAAAACUACAUUGUGAUGAGUAUACUAAAAACACUGACUUGUACACUUCAGGAGAACAGCCUUGAGGACUGAUCAUUUCCUGCAAUACUAAAAGCCAUGGCUGAGGGAUCAGUGGUGUUCAAUGAUGUGUCAAUAGACUUCUCUCAGGAGGAGUGGGAGUGCCUGGACCCUGCUCAGAGGGACUUGUACAGAGAUGUGAUGUUGGAAAACUAUAGCAAUCUGGUUUCGAUGGGAUUUUACAUUCCUAAGCCUCAAGUGAUCUCUUUAUUGGAACAAGGAAAAGAGCCCUGGAUGGUGGGCAGAGAGCUUACAAGAGGCCUGUGUUCAGACCUGGAAUCAAUGUGUGAAAGCAAGUUAUUAUCUCUAAAGAAAGAAGUUUAUGAAAUAGAGUCAUGCCAGAGGGAGAUAAUGGGACUUACAAAGCCUGGCCUUGAAUACUCCAGCUUUAGAAAUGUUUUAGAAUAUAGAAGUCAUUUUGCCAGACAAAAUGGGCUUUUAAGUCAAGAAGUAUUCUCUAAUGAAUAUGUACCCACAUUUAUUCAACAGUCUUUCAUUACUCUACAUCAAAUAAUGAAUAAUGAAGAAAAACCCUAUGAAUGUAAAAAAUGUGGAAAGACCUUUAGUCAGAACUCACAAUUUAUUCAACAUCAGAGAAUUCAUAUUGGUGAAAAAUCUUAUGAAUGUAAGGAGUGUGGGAAAUUCUUUAGUUGUGGCUCACAUGUUACUCGGCAUCUGAAAAUUCAUACUGGUGAAAAACCCUUUGAAUGUAAAGACUGUGGAAAGGCUUUCAGUUGUAGCUCAUACCUUUCUCAACAUCAGAGAAUUCAUACUGGUAAGAAACCCUAUGAAUGUAAGGAGUGUGGGAAAGCCUUUAGUUAUUGCUCAAAUCUUAUUGAUCACCAGCGAAUUCACACUGGUGAAAAACCCUACAAAUGUAAAGUAUGUGGGAAAGCCUUUACUAAGAGCUCUCAGCUGUUUCAACAUGUGCGGAUUCAUACAGGCGAGAAACCCUAUGAAUGUAAGCAAUGUGGCAAAGCCUUUACUCAGAGCUCAAAACUUGUUCAGCAUCAGAGAAUCCACACUGGUGAGAAACCCUAUGAGUGUAAGGAAUGUAGCAAAGCCUUUAGCAGUGGCUCAGCACUUACUAACCAUCAGAGAAUCCACACUGGUGAGAAACCCUACAAUUGCAAGGAAUGUGGGAAGGCUUUUACUCAGAGCUCACAACUUCGCCAACAUCAGAGAAUUCAUGCUGGUGAGAAGCCCUUUGAAUGUCUUGAAUGUGGGAAGGCUUUUACUCAGAACUCACAACUUUUCCAGCAUCAGAGAAUCCAUACAGAUGAAAAACCAUAUGAAUGUAGUGAAUGUGGAAAGGCUUUCAAUAAAUGCUCAAAUCUUACUCGCCAUUUGAGAAUUCACAGUGGUGAGAAGCCCUAUAAUUGUAAGGAAUGUGGGAAGGCCUUUAGUAGUGGCUCAGAUCUCAUUCGUCAUCAAGGAAUUCAUACUAACUAAUAAUAAAAAUUAUGACUCUUGUCAUCUUAAUGUUUUAGACAAAAAUUCAUAUUUGGUAGUUACCCUGUAUCUAUGUUUUAUUUGUAUGCAAGUUUUCAAUCCAAAUGCAUUUCACUCUAGGAUAUGAAUUUAGAGUCUAAAUUGACAUCCCCUCCAUAUUGUAGCAAUCAAUGCAAGUUGUUCAGUAAUUCUUUCUUUCCCCCAUUGUUUGGUGCUAUAUUAUAUUCUUGUAUGUAUUUGCUUGUAUUUUAGAGUUCUUCCCUUUUCUGAUAUUUGUUAUUUAAAAAAAAAUUUUUGUAGUUUUGUAUGGAGAGAAUGCCUUUGUUUAUUUUUAUAUGGUGCUG